GAUCUUAUUCUACCCCUCCGCGAAGUCUUCGUCUGGUCUUCCCCCACCCGCAUCCCCCGGCCUCCUCACCGCAGCCGCAAAAGCCAAGCCGCCAUGGCAACCGCCGCCGCGUCGGAUCUGGAGAGCAAGGCCAAGGCGGCCUUCGUCGACGACGACUUCGAGCUCGCCGCCGAGCUCUACACGCAGGCAAUCGAGGCCAGCCCCGCCACCGCCGAGCUCUACGCCGACCGCGCCCAGGCCCAUAUCAAGCUAGGCAACUACACUGAGGCUGUAGCUGAUGCUAACAAGGCCAUUGAACUUGACCCAUCAAUGCACAAGGCUUAUCUUCGUAAAGGCGCUGCAUGUAUACGACUGGAGGAGUAUCAAACUGCAAAAGCAGCUCUUGAAUUGGGUUACUCGUUCGCAUCUGGUGACUCAAGGUUUACUCGCCUAAUGAAGGAGUGUGAUGAGCGCAUUGCUGAGGAGCUUAGUGAAGUCCCUGUUAAGAAGGCUGAAGAUGGAGCAGCUGCCCCCUCUGUUGCUUCUUUUGUUGAGGAAAAGGAUGAUGCUGCAAACAUGGAUAAUACACCACCAAUGGUAGAAGUGAAGCCAAAAUACAGGCACGACUUCUACAACAGUGCUACAGAAGUUGUAUUGACAAUUUUUGCAAAGGGUGUUCCUGCUGAGAAUGUUGUUGUUGAUUUUGGUGAACAAAUGUUAAGUGUGUCGAUUGAAGUCCCUGGAGAGGAGCCGUACCAUUUUCAGCCUCGUCUGUUUUCUAAGAUCAUCCCUGAGAAAAGCAGAUACCAAGUGCUAUCCACGAAGGUUGAAAUAAGACUGGCUAAAGCUGAACAGAUUACAUGGACCUCACUUGAUUAUGAUAAAAAACCAAAGGCUGUUCCACAAAAGAUAAUCCCUCCAGCUGAAUCGGCCCAGAGGCCAUCAUAUCCUUCCUCAAAAUCCAAGAAAGACUGGGAUAAACUGGAAGCUGAAGUUAAAAAGGAGGAGAAGGAGGAGAAGCUUGAAGGCGAUGCUGCAUUGAACAAAUUUUUCCGUGACAUCUACAGUGAUGCUGAUGAAGACAUGCGACGAGCAAUGAUGAAAUCUUUUGUUGAAUCUAACGGUACUGUUCUGUCGACCAAUUGGAAAGAUGUUGGCUCGAAGAAGGUAGAGGGAAGCCCACCUGAUGGGAUGGAGCUUAAGAAAUGGGAGUACUAAGAUCUCGGUUCGUGCAUGCUGUAAAUUCGUUAUCGUCGUGAGUCAUCACUUGGCUGGAGAUUUCGCGCAUCAUUGUCAAGUUGGAUUUUGUGUGAUGCUCUUCGUUGCGUUUCCAUAUUGUAAGCUCUCUGUGUGACAGGCUAGCUUGUCUAAGACUUUAUCCUAGUUUUGGAAGAUACAUCUGGACACAAGAAUACGUUAUCUGAAUCUUUGCUCCGAAGUGCAGAAUGCUCUGUCGUUUUACUAAUAUUGCAAAGUAGUGCUGUAUCUCCUAUCAUCCCUGAAAUGCGAUGUUCGUCUUAAUUGUAGCCU